UUUUCGAAAAAUUGCUCUUCGCAGUUUGCUGCCUCAUCUAAGUUCAGUUCAUUGAUUUCAAUCACUGUAUUGCUUUUGUAUCCUCGUUUCACUUCCUCUUCAAUUUCCCGAGAACCAAACAGAAAAUUUUCUCUCUUUCCAAUGGCAUCUCCAUCCGAAGAAGUGGCAAAGGCGAUGUCUACUUAUAUCCGUGACUACAAUGAUGGUUCAGUAACUCGCCUCCAAAACUCGCCAUACGUGCCACCAUCACCAACCCCAGAUCCAGUUACUGGUGUGACAUCAAUGGACAUGACCAUCUCUGAAAACCCCAAAAUCUCUGCUCGUCUCUACCUCCCUCAACUCGAACAACAAUCCCAAAAGCUCCCAAUCCUUGUCUAUUUCCAUGGAAGUGGGUUUUGCGUUGAAUCUCCAUUUUCAUUUAUUCACCAUCGUCACAUCAAUCUUCUGGUCUCUCAAGCCAAAGUUGUUGCGGUCUCUGUUGCUUACAGGCUGGCUCCGGAGCAUCCUCUGCCUGCGGCGUACGAGGACAGCUGGGCUGCUCUCAAUUGGGUCGCAUCUCACUCAAAUUCAGCCAAAAACAAGACCAAUAAAGAAGAUUCAUGGUUGUUGAAUUACGGCGAUUUUGGCAGGGUUUAUGUAGGAGGUGAUAGUGCUGGUGGUAAUAUAGCUCAUAACAUGGCAAUGAGAUCAGGAUCUGAGAACUUGGAAAACAAUGUGAAAAUCUUGGGUGCCUUUCUUGGGCAUCCUUAUUUUUGGGGAUCAAAACCGACCGGAUCGGAAAAUGAUCCUAUGCCCAAGCUGUCUGUGAUUUCCGACUCAGAAACAUUUGCCUCAGAUCCUGUUUUGGGUCAUGAGAAGUCUUUCCCAUCUUUGCUUUGGAGCUUUGUUUACCCAUCAGCGCCUGGAGGCCUUGAUAAUCCAAUGCUAAAUCCGGAGGGUCCCGGGGCGCCGAGCCUGGCGAGGCUGGGGUGUUCGAGGUUGCUGAUUGUUGUGGCUGGGAAGGAUGAACUGAGAGACAGAGGUGUGAGGUACAGUGAAUUGGUGAAAGAGAGUGGUUGGAAAGGUGAAUUGGAGUUUCAUGAAGAUGAGGGAGAGGAUCAUGGAUUUUAUGUUACGAAUCCUGAGACUCUGAAAGCUAAGAACCUGAUCAAACGUCUGGCUUAUUUUCUCAAGUGAUUAGUGUUUAAUCAGAGGUUCUGUACUUGGAUGCCGUGGUUAAUAUGCGGCGGUUACAGACCUACGGUGAACGGCAGGAGAACGGCGAAGCUUCUUCCAGUCCAGUAGUAAGGUAUUGCAGCCAUUUACGUAUAUUAUGAAAAUGGGUCGUGGAAUUAAAUGGUUUUGCUUCCAAAUCAAGAUCUAAUGGUUCAGACUCCAGACUACUUUUCUUCUACAAGGACAUGCAGAUGUGGGGUAGAGAAACUCCGAUCGUACAAAGUGCGGGGAAGAAGACGCCAAUAAUACAAACACUUGGAUCGCAUCGUAAAUACAUUUGCAUGUCUUGAUAUUUGUGGGCUUCCUUUACAUUUUGCUUUCUACUUCAUUGAUUGAAUGGACCCUCAUGUGGGAGUGGUAUUGUACUAUUGUUUUCACAAUUCAAGAGCCCAUCGAGCUGGUGAAGAUAUAUCGUCAUCCAUGACAACAUAAGAACAAUCAGAAUGGCCCUAAUUUGUUAGGG